AUGGCCUCUAAACUAAAGGAACGGAAAAGGACUCCAGUGUCUCACAAAGUGAUUGAGAAAAGAAGGAGGGAUCGGAUCAAUCGCUGCCUCAAUGAAUUGGGGAAGACCGUGCCAAUGGCUUUGGCAAAGCAGAGCUCUGGGAAGUUAGAGAAAGCAGAGAUCCUGGAAAUGACUGUUCAGUAUCUGCGAGCCUUGCAUUCGGCAGAUUUCCCCCGUGGCAGAGAAAAGGCAGAGCUUUUAGCUGAGUUCGCCAACUAUUUUCACUAUGGAUACCACGAGUGUAUGAAGAAUCUAGUCCAUUACCUGACCACAGUGGAACGGAUGGAGACCAAAGACACCAAAUAUGCUCGGAUCCUGGCUUUCCUGCAGUCCAAAUCUCGCUUUGUCACCGAACCCAUCUUCACCACUCUGGGAUCGCUCCCAGAACCGGACUUCUCCUACCAGCUUCACCCAGCUCCGGAGUGCCCGGCUCACAGUCCCAAUGAGUCUAUGUUUCAGCAGGGAUCCGGGGCUCCGUUUUCCUGGCAUGGUCCUGCCAGAAGCCCCACCAUCCCUUACCUUCCCAACGCAGCCAUGCCCCUCCCUAACCCCGGGCAGCAACGCAACACUUUCCUGUCGUCAGUUCAAGGUCUGGACAGACACUAUCUCAACCUGAUUGGUCAUUCCCACUCCAGCACCUUCAGUCUGCCCCACGGCCAGCAUCCCCCCUCUGUGCUAUAG